GGGCAUUCUCUGGCUUCGCCAGCCGAGAGACAACCAUUUAUAAACGAAUGUUGAUGCUGGAAAGAAAACUGGAUAAGUGGAUUGAUAUGAUAAAGAGCAGAGAGAUCGAGGAAUCCCAAAAUAGGGAAUUCCGUAGAGACCUGAAAGCUAGGGUUCGUGGAUUGGAGGAACGGGAGAUGCAACUGAUCAAAGAGAAUGAAGAGUUGAAGGGAAAAGUGGCAGAAUAUGAAAAGUUGAUGAAAGAUGGACUGGGGGAGGUUAUAAAGGAAAAUGAAAGUUUAAAGAAAUUAGUCACCCAGGAGGAGAGAAGAGUCAGGGAGGAGGUAUUGGGUGAAAUGAAGACCUGGAAAGUGGAGAGUGAGAAAGCAAACGUGAAUCUUAGAGAGGUAAUUGAGCAACAAAUGAAAGAAGAUAAGGAAGAUGUAAAAAAGGAAGUGGUUAAGGUAAUAAAGAAAAAUGAAGAACUAGUCAGGGAAGUUGCAGACAAGAAGAAGAGUGUGAUAGUAUUUGGUUUGAAGGAAAAGACGAUCACAUAUAAGCCAAAAGGAGAUAAAGAGGAAUUGAAAUCAAUUAAGGACCUACUAAAAAAAUUAAAUGAUGACGAGCGACAAAGUAUUGAGGAAGAGGUGGAGGAAAUCCACAGGAUGGGUCCAUACACAGAAGGAAAAACCAGGCCAAUAAAAAUAAAGUUAAGAUCACAGAAGGCGGCUGAGGAUAUUUUGUACAGAACAACUAAAUUAAGGGAAACGGAAGAUUGCAAGGAUAUAUACAUAAAGAAAAAUAGAAAUGAAGAAGAAAGAAGGAAAUGGAACGAACUACUAGCAGAGGCGAAGGAGAAGAAUUAUGAAAGAUCUGUGGAAGAAAAGGAGAUAUUUUUUUGGAGAAUAGUAGGGGACCGAGUCAGAAAGUGGUACACAAGAGAGAGGAUAAAGAAGAACGAAAGUUAGAAAAGAUAGAUAAGAGUAAAUGUUUAAGAGUGAUGUAUACACAUGUAGAUGGAUUAAUAACUAGUAAAUUGGAACGGCAAGAUUUCAUAAAGGAGAAAGAACCAAUGAUCGUAUGGUUAACGGAAACCAAACUGAACGAAGCUAUUAAAUUAGAGAUUAAUAAAAACUAUGAUAUAUGGAGGAAAGAUAGAAUGGGCAAAGGGGGAGGUGGAGUGAUGAUAAUGACAAAAAAAGAGUUAGCAGUGAAAGCGGUAGAAUACGGAGAAGGUAAAGCUGAAAUUGCGAAAGUAAAUGUGGAAACCAAAAACAAGGAAAGGUUGACAAUUGUAACCGCAUAUGUACCACCUAGAACAAACUCAUGGUGUAAGGAAGAGCACGACACUAUGAUCAAUGACACUAUAUGGAGUUUAAGCAAAAUGCUUAAGGAAAACAAAAAAGUUAUGCUAGUUGGUGACUUCAAUUGUAAAGAGAUUGACUGGGAGAUAUUCGAGAUCAAUAGUGGAGAUAACGCAUGGGGAGAUAGAUUCCUAAGAUUGAUGAUGAAAAAUCUUAUGAUACAAAGAGUGAAUGAACAUACAAGAUAUAGAAGUGACGAUGAACCGGCAAGACUGGACCUAGUGCUAACAAAAGGAAUAUACAUCAAGGAUGAACUAAGGUAUGGAUGUCCACUGGGCAAGAGUGAUCAUGUAACCAUAGAAAUUGAUACAGAAGUGGAGGUUACUAAAGAGGAUGAAUCUUACAAAUCAAACAGGCUAAACUAUACUAAGACAGACAUGGAAAAUCUUGGGAAGUUUUACGAGAAAGUGGAAUGGGAUGAGUUACUGAGAAAAAAUAAAGUACAAGAAAAGUAUGAUGUCUUUAUGGAAGCCUAUAACACCGGUGUCAAAAAAUAUGUACCCGUAUACAGACCCAAAGUUAAGGGUAGGAAGCACUGGUUUAAUGCCAAAUGUGCAAACGCAAAAGAAAAAAGGGACAAAGCAUGGAAAAGAUUAAAAAGAAGGAAGAAUUAAAGAAACAAAGAAGACUUCAGAAUGGCGAGAAAUGAAUAUGUGAAAAUAAGGAAAGAAGAAGAAAAAGGAUAUGAGAAGGAUAUUGUGGAAAAAUGCAAAGAACAGCCUAAGUUGUUUUACAGAUUUAUAAAUGGGAAGACUAAACCGAAAGAAACAAUAGAAAGACUGAGAGACGGGAAGGUGGAAGUCAAUGACCCUAAAGGUAUGGCAGAGUUAUUAAAUAGAAAAUUCCAGCAAGUCUUUACCAAAGAAACAAUCUUUAUUGAGCCACAAGAUAAUAAAAUAGAAGUUCAUAUGGAAGAGAUUAUGGUAAACAAAGAAGAGAUCUAUAAAUUACUGGGAGAACUAGAAGAGGGAAAAGCAGUAGGACCGGAUGUAGUCUCUGGGUAUAUUUUAAAAAAAUGUAAGAGAUGAAUUAAUUGUUCCAAUAUACGACAUCAUAAGAUGCUCAGUAGCAACAGGUACGGUGCCCAAUGAGUGGAGAAGGGCUGAAGUGGUCCCCAUAUAUAAAAGUGGAAGGAAAGAUGAACCUUCAAACUACAGACCCAUAUCCCUGACAAGUGUUUUGUGCAAAAUAUGUGAGAAAAUAAUAAAGAAACAGUGGACUAAAUCUCUAGAAGAGCAUAAGUUAAUUACCAGCAAACAAUAUGGAUUUCAAAAGGGCCGAUCAUGUGUUACAAACUUACUCAGUUUUUACUCGAGUGACAGAACACAGGGAAGGGAUGGAUGGGUUGAUUGUAUUUAUCUAGAUUUAAAAAAGGCCUUCGACAAAGUUCCACAUACAAGACUAUUAUGGAAACUGGAAAAUAAAGGAGGAUUGAAAGGAAAUAUGAAAAAAUGGAUGGCAAGCUACCUAAUGGGAAGGGAGAUGAGAACUGUGGUCAAGGACAUAAAAUCAGAAUGGAGAAAUGUAGAAAGCGGAGUAGCACAGGGUUCAGUAUUAGCACCGAUAAUCUUCCUGGUAUAUGUAAAUGACAUGGCUGAAGGAGUUAAUAGCUACAUAAACCUAUUUGCUGACGACGCUAAAUUACAAAAACAUAUAAGAAACAAAGAAGAUUGUGAAAUAUUGCAAGAAGACCUAUACAAAAUUUGGAAAUGGAGUAUGGAUUGGGAGAUGGAAUUUAAUGUGAAAAAAUGUCAUGUUGGAUUGGGAGAUGGAAUUUAAUGUGAAAAAAUGUCAUGUUAUGGAAAUGGGUAAAAGUGAAACAAGACCAAUCUGGAUAUACAAAAUGGGAAAUGGUGAAACAUUAAAAAAAGUGCACGAAGAGAGAGAUCUGGGAGUAGUGAUGAGGGAUGAUAAUCAACCAGAGAGUCAUAUAAAUCGGAUCUUUAGAGACACAUAUAACUUGGUGAGAAAUAUUGGAGUAGCAUUUAACUACAUGGACAAGGACAUGAUGAGAAGGCUAAUCACUACCAUGAUUAGACCAAAAUUACAAUAUGCAGAGGUAGUGUGGUCCCCCCAUAAGAAGAAGCAUAUAAAGAAACUAGAAAGAAUACAGAGGAUGGCAUCAAAAAUGGUCCCAGAGUUGGAGGGAUUAAUAUACGAGGAAAGAUUAAAGGAAAUGAACUUAACAAAACUGGAACAAAGAAGAGAAAGGGGAGACCUAAUCCAAAUUUAUAAAUUACUAAACAAAAUAGAUGAAGUAGAUAAUGAAGAACUGCUACUAACAGAAGGAAACAUAAGCAGAAAUACAAGAGGAGACAGUAAAAAAUUGAGAAAGGGUAGAUGCUUGAGAGACACAAAGAAGUAUAGCUUCCCGCAAAGAAAUGUAGAGGUUUGGAACAGUCUGAGCGAGGAUAUAGUAUCAGCGAGGAGUGUGCAAAGCUUUAAAGAUAAGUUGGAUAAAUGCAGAUACGGAGACGGGACCACACGAGCAUAAUGCCCAGGCCCUGUAAAACUACAACUAGGUAAAUACAACUAGGUAAACACACACACACACACGCACACACACAUCUGGUCAUACGAGAUAAAAUCGCGGAAAAAAUGGAUCGAUGACAUCUCCAUGUAUCUGAGGCCACGCCUAUUGAAGUCUUAAUGAUUCAAGUCAUUACAAUAAAUCUCAGGUUAUUAAGGACUGACCCGAGGAACACACAUGCAUGCGCACACUCGCACACGCAUACACAUACACACGCGCACACACACACACACAUACACACACACACACAUACACACACGCACGCACACGCACACACGCACACACACACAUCUGUUCAUACGAGAUAAAAUCACGGAAAAAAAAUGUUUCGAUGGCAUCUCCAUGUAUCUGAGGCCACGCCUUCUGGUCUUCUGAAGCCUUAAUGAUUCAAGUCAUUACAAUAAACCUCAGGUCAUUAAGGACUGACCUGAGGAACACACACACACACACACACACACACACACACACACACACACACACACACACACACACACACACACACACACACACACACACACACGUACAAACGAACACACAACGCCGGGGGGUAUUUAUGGGCGUCAAACCAACGAGCACUUCACAGGUUCUCAAGGAGGUCUCGGGUCAAGAGGUCUCCUGUUCUUGUUUCCCGUAAACAUGAGGACCCCUGUACACACCUGCAUCAAAUGUUCAUGGUGUAAUAAUUACUUCCCGUUGUCCGCACUCGCAGCUCAUAGAGCGACCUGCCUUCCAGAGGGCCUUGGGACUGGAUCGAAAGAUAUAUCUACUAGAAACAAUGAUAAGUACUUAAAUGUUCGCGUUACUUUAUAUGACUGUCAUAAAAAAUCAGUAGCAGAUGUGGAUGACGGGAGGGGGGUAGAGAGUUGGGCAACAUGUUCAAUAUCGACUUUAGUCUUUCUAUCUUUUUUCAGAAGAGACGUCGUAGACUAGCUCUGAUCGAUCAGAUGUCAGUUUCUCUCAACCAGGCCCUAGCGAUAUUGGAAGUUGUUCUCCACGGACGGGUCUCAGCUACGAAGCCAGUCAAAACCAAAGGGCUAUCUCCGAAGAAGGCGGGUCUGGUAGGCUCAGCCAUUGCUCUCCUCUUCAGCGAUCGGUAGUGGACGAAAACGAAAACAAGCGAAUACAGGAACAAACGACACCUGCAGGAAAAAGCAAGCCCGUCGUGAGGGAUUCUCCCAUCCAAACAGUUCUCCACAGCCAGGGCCCAGCUAUUAUAACCCGGGACGGCCGGCAACAACACCCUCACCAACACCCGGUGAAAUAAGCCAACAUUUCAACGGGGCCUUAACAACGAUCGACGUGCCCGUCCCACCAGCAGACAACGGCGACAUUGCAUCAUAUUUCAACAACAACACUGACCGUCUUCGCGAGGCAGUAGAGUCUGUAUUCCAAGGCUGCCAGCAGGUUAGACCUCCUUCUUUUAAAGUGUACGUUGACAUGCAUCUGCGUUUAGUCAGAGAAGACCCCGACGAUGGAGUUCAAUAUAGAUAUAUGUAUAUGAGAAGUCAUAUGCAGGUAAUUAGCUAUGAUGAUAUAGAUUCAUAUGUACGUGAACUAUCCGAAUAUUUUGUUAAUCGGUUUGAACAUGACAUGUCAGACGAAGAGGGCAGUGGAUUUACGUUAGAUGAAAUAGUUAGCGUAAAAUUUUCCUUCUCUCUUAUAAUGCUGCACAAUAGUAAUGGAGAGUAUGUGCCCUAUCUUAAGGGUGUUCCAGGGAAAACACAAGUUCUCAACCCUUCGGGACCCACGGACUGUGUUUUCCAAGUUCUAACAGCUUAUCGCUAUCUAAAGUCAAGAAAUGUAGUUCCAUCGAGCAGACAAUGGGAGAAUGCUUGCUUGGGCUCUAUUAAUACGGGUAACAUUCCAACCCCGGUAUCCUGGGAAGACCUCGGUCGGCUUGAAAGAUUAAACAACAUAAGUAUUCGCGUUUACUGUCUAGACAACGUUGAAGACAAAAAAGGCGAACUAACUCUAGUCAGAAAGGGGCUCAAAGAUCAAGAAGUUGUUCAUUGUCUGUUGUUGGGGAACAGACACCUAGCUCUUAUCCAAGACUUUGACGCAUACAUGAACCUGUUUACCUGCCGACGUCGCGGGAAAAAAAUGUUUUGCGAUAUCUGCCUGUGCGCCUGUGAGAACAAGACAACGCUUGCUGAACAUGUGCUAAUUUGCCCAACGAUGAUCACAAGACUAAGAUUCCCACCCGCGGGCUCUACUGUGAAAUUUAUUAAUCAUGCUAAGGCAUAUGAGCCAUCUUAUUUAGCAUUCUAUGACUUUGAGAGUAUUCUCGUAGAGCCUUCUUCGAAUGUGUCUGGAUGUGUAAAGAGAAAUCACUUUGCCAUAGCGUAUGCUUACAUUAUAUUUAAUAGAAACGGAAAAACAGUACAAAGCGGAUCCUAUUGUUGAAGUAAUGCUGUAAACCAUUUUAUUCAUACAAUGCAGUGUGCCUGGAAAAAGUUAAAAUUUUCUACAGGCUACAAUAAAAUCAACAUGACCGAUGAAGAUACGGCACGUCACAAUGAGCAAACUCACUGUCUUCUCUGUAAACAGGGUUUUUUAAAAGGUAAAGGAGUAAAACAUCAUGACCAUGAAAAAUCAGGAAACAAUUACAUUGGAGCUUAUUGUAAUAGAUGCAACCUCCAAAUGAAAAAUCACAAAUUGCAGCUCACUCUCAUUGCACAGAAUGCUAAUUACGACAUGUCGUUAAUCCUGCGUGAAUUAACGAUACCUGACUUGAAAAUCAAACUAAGACCAAAACGUUCAGUUCACAAAUACCAUGAAGUCAUCAUAAAUGACUUGAGAUUUAUUGACUCGUAUGCCUUUAUGUCUGGUUCACUCGCGGCUUUAGAGAACCAAUUCAUCAGUAAUGGGAACGAACCCAUAUGCACACAACCGAUGUUGAAAGAUGUGCCAGCACCUGCGUUGCCAUUACUGAUCAAGGGAAAGCAGGUGUUUUGUUAUGACUAUUAUAUGGAUUCGAUGGAACGACUUUCCGAGACACGUCUUCCAUCCCGCGAAGAUUUUUUCAAUUCGCUUCAAGAAGCAGAACUUUCCGAAAGUGAUUAUAAACAUGCUCAGAAUGUUUGGAAAGUAGCUGGGUGUCAGAGCCUGAAGGACUAUUUGUUGCUUUUUGUAAAAGUGGAUGUUGGCCUUCUAUGUGAUGUCUUCCUAGAGUGGCGAGGUAUUUUGGAAACCCAGUGGAGGUUGGAUAUUGUAAAUUAUGUUAGCCUGCCAGGAUUUGCCUAUGACUCCUUUCUGCUAAAAACAGCAGGAAUUAGAGGUGCUUAGUAGCCCAAACAUAUAUCAUUGCAUUCAAACAAAUGUGCGUGGGAGCUACGCAAGUGUUGUGCGUCGUUUUGUACGCGCCAAUAACAUCUACACGAACCCUCAGUUUAAUCCAAAACAUGAUAGAAGCACUUUCCUUUCAUAUCUUGACUUCAACAGUCUUUAUCCCACUGUAAUGCAAGAGAAGUUGCCAUGUGGGGAUAUGAGAAAACUAGAUGAGACAGAAAUGCAGUCGUUUUUGAGCGGGGGCUUGGUCAAUCAAGCAACCGAUGGCGAUUUUGGAUAUCUCAUUCUGUGCGAUACUGAGGCUGUCUCACGUGAAGUCGUUGAGAAAACGGAUGACCUCCCACUGAUCAUCAGAAGACACAAUAUCACCAACAGAGAUAUAUCGUCAGUCACACGCGAAUGGUAUGAAGAAGAAAACCGUCCAGCACCGUGUAAGAACAUAAUACUGAUUGGAACACAUGCUGCUCAGGAGAAAAUGCUAUUUGCUCUGCCCUUCCUUAAACUACUUAUUCGACUAGGCCUGGUUGUUAAAAAAGUGCAUGCUAUUUAUACGUUUAAGCAAAAGCACUUUCUUGCGGACUUCAUUCAGGAUAACAUAGAAGCCCGCAAAAGUGCUACUUGUCCUAUCAAGAAAAAUGCAAUCAAGUGUAUUUCAAACAGCAUUUUUGGUCGAUUCCUGAUGAACGUGGCCAAAUAUAGUGAAGACAUAGAUAUUGUCACCAACCGCGAAAAGUUUUUGAAGCUGGCCCGAAGUCCUUACUUUAAACGCGUUGUACCCCUCAAUGAUGGCCAUGUAGUUGUAACUCGCCAUAGGAAAUAUUCACGGGUGAAUCAUCCAAACUACAUUGGCUACUACAUCCUAGAGCUGCCCAAGCUGCGACUAUAUGAUUUCUAUUACAAUGUGUUGAAGGCUCAUUACGGAGAUCGGGCGAAACUAGUGUAUUGUGACACUGAUUCCUUAAUAACAGAAAUUGAAACUCCUGAUCUAUUAACAGAGUACUCGCAGGAACCCUUCAAAAGCUAUAUAGACACAAGCAACUUUAGCCCCUCACAUUCCUUGUACAGUACAGACAAUAAAGGAAAGCUUGGAUUUCUCAAGUCUGAAGUGGGGGAAAGAACCAUCUCAGAAUUUGUAGGUGUAAAACCAAAGUGCUACUCCAUCCUCUUGGCAGACGGUGACCGCUUGAGUUCACCUAAGGGCGUUCCAAAGUUCAUAAAGAAGAAAAUUGCUCAUCAGCGAUACAAAGACGCCCUAUUCCAGAAGCAAACAUUUACCUUUGACUAUCAGGGAUUCACAGUGCGCAAUGGACGAAUGAGUACAGUAACAUAUCCCAAGAGAGGGAUAUCUGUAGUUGAGGACAAAAGAUACUACAUUAGCACCUUGGAGUCGCGAUCUUACGGUCAUCCCGAUAAUUCUAUAGGGAUAGAGGAGGAAGAGCAGGAGGAGGAGGUAGCCCAGAUCAUGACACUGUCAAACGAAGACAAUUUGGAGGAAGGCGAUGAAAGAGGCAUAAUAGAAGCGAGACUAGCCGAGGUAAUGGGUGGGCAAGAGGUCGGUGAAAUGGGAGAACUAGAAGAAGAAACCUAUGAAUUGUGGGGAGAACGGGAUGUGCUGGCCGAGCAAUAUUUUCCCAUGAUAAAACGGGUAGAGGCGGAUGAUGACAUGUUAAUGCAAGCCGCGGAACAGGAAGAAAUAAAUCAAAUGCUCUCAUCAUCCCCCCUUGAAUAUAUGCUAGUAGAUACAGACUUUUCAGAAUAAAUUGUAGUUGUUUAUAAGAUAGGGACUGGUGUGAAUGUUGUAUAUACUGUUUAUAGUGUAAGAAUUUGCCUGCUAUUUUUAUGUUAAAUAUAAAAUAUAUGUAAAUAUAUUCUGUAUAUAGGACUAAUGUUGGAGCCUGUGAUAUUAUAAAAUUGCACAUGAUGAAUCUGGAAUCAUAAUUUGACCAAAUUCCAAUAAACAUUGAGUUUGUUUGACUUGUUUAUAUGUCCUUUAUCAAAAAAAAAAAAAAAAAGAAACGGAUGAAAAAUAAAAUAAUUGUCUUAAAAUUUAUUCGAUUUGUGGAAACAUAUGGAUAAAACGCUUUUAUGUUUCGAUCCGGCUCAUGCAUAAAAGACUGCCCGCCAAAUAAGGCGGCGGCGGCGGCGGCGGCAGCGGGCGCUGCGAUGACAGGAUGCGACAGGAUUGCUCGGGGCCCGGGACGGGGCGGGGCGGGGGCAGCACGGGGUAGUGGCGGUGACGAGUGAGGACCUGUGAGUGGAGCCAGACCUCUGAUUUAAGCAUGGUAUACAACCACCCCACCCCCCGAUAAAGGAACUAGAAAAUUAUUUAUGCUUAGAAUAGCUUCAUGGAAUGUAAUACAAUUCAAUAUGAAAAAAUCAAUAAGUCAAUACUUACUUUUUAUGAACACGUGUUAAAUGUUUGAUGCCAUACGGGCAUUAUAAACUUGCUGUAAGCGAAUCUCAUCACGUGUUCAUCAUUCCUCAAAUAUUCAGUCUUGGAAAACUCCAUACAUAUUUUUUCAAGAGUUUCUCUUACACCCAAGUGUGAAACAUUGUAGGCAAAGUACAUGGCAUAAGCCCCGCACACAUCGCUUGGCGUGCUUUGAAGUCGAAAUGCAUUUUUAUACAUACUGAGCCCGGGGUAAUCAAUAUAUUUGAAAUGAUCAGAGUAUAGUUUUGGAUCGAGAGCAUAACUAUCUAGGAACACUGCCAUGCCCGGUUCAUAGUAGAGACAAAUCCAGUGUCCCAUUUCUCUUUUAGAAUAACUUGGUAGCGUAUUUACGAUGCACACUAUAGGUUUUCUAUAUCGAGGUAUAGAGUUUACCUUGUCUGCCAAUAACACGCCUAAAAACAAGGCUUGCUUUCCUAUGUGCCCCCUCAAUCCUCUUUCAAUCUCCAUGUUGUUCAUCGCACAGCCGCUUCAAGCGCGCACAUCACACUGCAGCCGUCUUUCAGAAUUAACUGUUAUUAUACCCACUGUUUCGCCAAACAGUAUCAACAGACGGUUCUCGUUUUCUCCCUUGCUUAGAUUCAAGCUAAGUCUAAGCCCCCCAUUCAUUUCAACGGGCAAAUUAUCAUUCAAGUUUUCAGCACGCAAAUCAAAUGUGCAAAUCAUUGCCCCCUUGCCGAAAAUAUCCUUUCCGAUUAAAUGGUCUUUGUGAAAACCAAGUGCAUCCAAAGUACGAUGGUAGAGCUCAGCAUAGUCAUGAGGGAAUUUACUAGGAAUAUUAUACAUGGUUCUACCAUUAACACUUAAGCUUAUUUGACUUAUAUCGCCAUGGCUCAAAUACAAUGGAUUUAGCGUAUAGUCGCCAGAAUGAGCUUCCAUGCUCGUUAUA